AUUAGUCUAAUAAGGUUGCUGACUAACAAAUGUCAAAUUCAUACAAUUUUACCAAAAACUCAAGGUAGUCAACAUUAUCUAUUUCAGUAUAAAUAAUAGUACAAACUCAAGGUAAUCACACAUUUCCUUUCUUGGAUAAUUUCAUCAUUCUUUUUUCAUCUUUUAUUUCCUAAAAUGGCUCAUUCUCGCAAAUCAAUCAUUUUCCUACACGCAACAAUUAUUCUCGCAACAAUCACCCUAGGAAACGCAACAUGCAGCGACUGCUUCACUCCUUCUAAGGCCGCUUACUAUCCCAACUCCGAUGAACAAGGGACAGAAACUGGGGCAUGCGGGUUUGGGACAUUCGGAGCAACAAUCAAUGGUGGCGAUGUAUCAGCCGCAUCAGUUCUCUAUCAAGAUGGUUUAGGCUGCGGUUCAUGCUACCAGAUAAGAUGCAGCCACUCUAACUACUGCUCGGAGAAUGGAGUGGUGAUUGUCAUAACUGAUCAUGGCUCAAGUGCCAACACCGAUUUUAUUCUUAGCAGGCGAGCAUUUAGUCGAAUGGCUCAAACUACAGAUGGAGCCGCCUCACUUUUAGCCCUUGGAGCAGUAGGCAUAGAAUAUAGGCGAGUGUCGUGCAGUUACCCGAACAAGAACAUUACGUUCAAGAUAGACGAGAACAGUAACUACCCACAUUACCUGGCUUUCGUAGUUUGGUACCAACAAGGCCAAAGUGAUAUUACUGCAGUGCAGCUCUGUGAGACACAAACCUUUGCGUGCAAGCUGUUGGAGAGGAGUUAUGGAGCGGUUUGGACAACCAGCUCGGCUCCGAGUGGCGCACUUUCAAUAAGAAUGCUAUUUAGCGAUGAAAAUGGUGACGAGAAAUGGGUUGUACCUGCUAAUAAUAUACCUGCAGACUGGAAAGCUGGAGAAACAUAUGAUUCAGGUGUUCAAGUUUAACACACAUAUGAACAUUUAUCGAUUGAACCGAUUGUUUGUUCCUUCAU